AUCAGUCGAGAAAAAGAUCUAUGCCAUGUUGAACAUUCACUUUUUGCACAAUAACAUUAACUAAACGUUUCAUACAUGCAAUUAGGAUACAGUUCUACGAACUUUCCGGACACCCUGAUAAAACAAUCCGUCCAAAGAAUCAAGUGCAUAUCAUGGUCAAUGAACAUUGUACUGUCAUUGCUGGAUUGCCUUUAGUUAGUUAAUAGACGAUGUUUUCGAUUUUGAUUAAAUAACUUUUUCGUUCAAUCUAAUUCAUAUGAUGUCCGACUAUCAAACUAGUGUUUGAGACCGUAAAAGAGUUUUCACAGAUGUAUAGAUCAUUGAUUGUUCAUGUUAUCAAAGAUUUUUGUUGGAUAAAGCAUACGAUUCAAAUAUCUUGUUAAUAUGAUUAAUGCAACAUGAACAUCGAUUAGACCGUGCGCAUAAAAAGGGUGUGGGUGUGGGAUGGGGUGGGUGCGGGUGUGAGAUGUGAAUGUGGGUGUGGGUGUGGGAUUGGUGCGGGUAUGGAUGUGGGUGUAGGUCUUCCCUUUUACCCAACCUACACCCACUCCCACACCUCAUCGAUGGAACGAGAAAAUUUCACAACGGCAUGACAUCUAGUUACUUGGAUUUUUCCUUUUAUUCUCACAUUGCCACAUUACAAGUGUAUAUAAAAAGACUGUAGCUUUGAUAAUAUUUUGUCUUUGUUCCAAAGAUAUGCUAAAAUAGAAGCUACCAAUUGAGAGUAACACAACAAUGGGAAUGAAAUCGAAUUUGCGCAAGUGUAGGCAACUUCAACGAAAAAACAAACGCAUUACUCAACGGAAAGCAAAUCAAGAUUUUCUUCUAUCCGAUUUACAUUCAGGUAUGGCUAACAAUAUCUAUACUUAUUUUUAAAAAAGGCACGGAAGAUAGAGUGAAAAGAGUGAAGAUAAAACACAACUUGAUUGAGAAUUUUCAUUCUAUCGUACCGUACCAUUCAAGCGAUUUUUUGCUGCGAAAUAAUUCUUUGGGAAAAGAGGAUGGAUGUAGUCAACUCAGCUAAUCAUUUUGAGACAUUGAAUCAUCCUUAGUCUAUUUUAUCGGACAGAUAUUUGUUUUUCAUCAAAUUCGUAAUUUUUGUAGCUUUGGAAUCGUCGCCGAAUGUGAUUGAGAAUGUCGAUCUGAUGAGCAUUCCCUUUCUCUAGACCAUCUUUUUCUGUUUUUUUUAAAAUAUAUUUUGGAAUCAUUCAAGGUGAGAGAUUAUUUAUUCUGUUAGAUUGUCUGUUUAUUUAGUUGUAACAGAUAAAAAUCGACUAGCUAGAUCAUCGAUAAGAAGUCAGUUGAUUGAUGAUUUCAAUUGUAAUAGCCCGGAAGAUAAUGACUACGAAAACUAUCUGGAAGAAGAUCGAGAAGAGAGUGAGAUACAAGCUUAUAUUGACUCGCAAUGGAGUGAAAUUUAUGAAGCCAUCAAUAUUGGUAAUGCUGGUCUUCUCGAAUCUAUUGUACCACCGAUCAAUAUCUACAAUGGUACGAAAAAAUAUUGGUCAGAUGAAUUAUAUUCGCAGCAAUGUUGGCAUACUACCGACAUUCUUUCACGUACUAUUAAUCUUGAACGUACAAGCUGUAUUCGGGUUUUGUUGGACAAGGUAUAUUCCGGUGAUCUUGACCCAGCUAUAGUACAUGGUGAUUUUCAUCUCUAUCGAACACCGCUGGCCUAUGCAUGUCAGGAAGGUGAUUUGAAUCUUGUUCGAGAACUCGUUGAAUGUGCUCAAAUGCAAGACAUAUUUGACAUUGUCGAACUUCUUCUGUCGUAUAUACACGGCAACAUUGCAACAAAUCAUGACAAUUUUACACCAAUGAUGUUAGCUGCACAUCAUGAUUUAAGACCGAUUGUUGAUUUACUUUUUCAAAUCUUACCACUCGAUCGAGCUGCCGACGAUCUAUUACAAUUAGCUUGUCGAUAUACAAUUGAUCAUAAUAUGCAAAAUCACGAUAUGGCAUUGUAUUUUUUUGAACAAGGUUUAAAUGGAAACUCAACACCGUAUCAUCUUAUACGCGAGAAAGUUUACGAAUUUUGCCAUGAAUGUCAAACCUUAGAUCAAUUGGAAUUCAUACAAGAUGAUGAAAAUACAUGCUUUACUCAUCAAUGA